UCACACACAAACGAUAACAGACAGAAAUACAUGAUUAUAUCUUAUACAUUUAUAUUGAAAUAAUGUCAGAUUGAAUUUGAAUUAAGAAAGUAUUGAUACCGAUAUAUAACCGUGUUAAUUUGAGUAAUUGAAAUAGUAUAAAUGGAAUAUAUGUAAAUAUUACACGCCAAAAUGCAGUAUCAAAUCGAAGAUGUAAGUUUUAGCAUUGGAAGAUUCUUUGACUUGUACCAAAACAGACUCCCCGUGGUUGUUAUGGUAACACAAGGUUUCUGUGGAAACAUUAUCGAGGACACAUUCGAUCGAGAACAGGUGAUGAUUAUCAAUGGAAUAUCAAGACAGGAGCGUGUGUUGGCAAAGUGUGUAAUGCAUGGUAUACCAAAAUUGUUGAGUAUCCCCGAAGACUACACUGAAAAUUUAUGCAUAAUUAAAAGUGGGAUAGUCGGAGAAGAGUCUUCACUUUACAACAUACUACGAUCUAACAGCUUGCCAUUAUGGGUACAGUUCCCAGCUGACCGUGUGCUUACAGUUUGUAACAAGAGCAUCAAUACAAACGACAUUCCUCCUUGGCAGCUCACAAAACGUUUUGACGAAGUCUAUUUCCUUGCAAAUACUAUCGUAGACGGUCAACUAUGGACAGAAGUGAUUCCUGUGCCUUUAUACCUGUCCAAGCUUAGCCUAUCGGUUGUCACAGGACUCAAAGGACAGUCUGUUGAUAGAUGGAGGGUAUACUUCGACCAUUUGGUUUACAAAUGCUCGGCUAUUGAAUAUGAUCAGCACUUUGGAAAUCCUAAUAUUGCUGAAUAUGACCAGUCGUCUAUACAUUCUACCACAGAGAUGCCAUACUGUGAACCUAAAUUGUAUUCUGAUAUAGUACGCUUAGUUGAAGGUCCGCCUUUUAAAGUUACACCACAUCCUUGUGUCCCGCUGAGAAGCAAUAGGAAGCCAGACACAAAUACUAAAGUUGCCAUUCAAGCAAGGCCUUUACCACCUCUCCCUGAAGAUAUUCCAAAAAACAAACAGCAUAAAUCGAACCAAUCGGAUACAACAGAACUAUCCGAAAGAGUGAGCAAUAUGUACAUCACGCCUGAACACCAAACAGAAGGUGAUGAAAAGAAAUCUUCUUAUUUUGAUUUACCUAAAAGAUCAUCAUCACCUGAACCGGAUUAUGAUCAGAGAGAAGAAAGUGAAGAAUGUAAGUCAGCUAAUCCCAAACCACCUGCUCCAGCACCAAGAUUUAUUUUUCCUAAAUCCGCCCAAAACACACCGAAGCAAACAACAGAUUAUUCUAAUGAAAAUGAGAGUUUUAACGCAAAACAUUCGUCUAUCCGGAAAACAGAAAGUAACCCACAAUACGACAACGAUAUUCCUAGAGCAACGUUAAAACCAAAACCCCGAAGUCAUGUACGACAUUCGAAGGAAGCACCACAAAUAGCGAUACCAGGUCGAACUAUUAGACCUUUUGAGUACAGACACACUAAGGAUACAGUUAUGAAUGUUGAAAGUCUUUCUAUUCAUGAAGUGACUGAAUACCUAAAAGUUCUUAACCUUGGUCAAUAUGCUGAGACGUUUAGAAACAAUAUGAUUGAUGGUAUGAUACUGAUAGGUCUCUCUGAGAAGAUGUUACGAGAAGACUUUGGCAUGAAUGGAGUAGAAGCAUUUAGACUUUUAAAGUUUGCAAAAGAAGGAUAUAUACCCAAUUAAGUAAUGUAAAGCAAAUACUUUAACAAACUUGCAAUCAAAAUGAAAGGUGCCUGGCAAUUCCCAAGGACCCGAAUGGGCAGAUGUUGCUCAUGUUACGAAGAGAAAUAACAUUUGCCCAUGCAUUAUUUGAACAACUGUUUGGAUACAAUUUACAAAAAGUGAUUUCUUUUUGCAAAGUUUUUUGGCCGAAGAUUACUGAAUUGCAAACAGUUGUAAAGGAAAUACGAAGUACAUGUAAUUCAAUAUUCGCAAAAAUGAUGUAAAGAAUUGUAAAUAAUUCUUUUUCAUGACUUCUAGUAGAAUCAUUUGCGAUUUAAUUCUUUAAAAGCCUGGAGAAACGUAUUUUUCAUGUGUAAUUAUGAUUUUUUUAUAGAUUUUACUAAACAAUGUGAUUUUAUAUGACGCAAUUUAAGUGUGCAACAUUUUAGAAAUAUCACAAAGGAAGAAUGGAAGUCUGUACUAUAAUAUUAUUAACGGAAAACAGUUAAACUAAUCUAAAUUACACCUCCGAUUACCCCCUGUCUUAGUAAAACAUUCGAAAACAGCUUAAAAUGUGUAUUCAUAACAAGUUGUUUUUGACAGUUUUUUUUUUAAAUUUGGAACGCCAUUACCACUUUAAUUGCGAGGAAUUACGUAAAAUUAAUUCUGAAUACUUAAAUUAUGUUUUCUUGUUAAAUGAAUAUACAAGGUUAUUUAAUUUUUUAAUAGUUUUUAUUUGUUUGGGUCAUCAGACAAAACAAAUAAUGGUAGCGGGAUUACAGACCCUGAUAUGUUUAUUUGCAAAAUCCGCAAGUAGUCCGAACUCCUCGAAGCGGUUACUUCCCUUUAUAAGUACACUAACCGGGAGAUCACUGCGUAAAGUUUGUCAAAUGACAGGCUCAUUAAUUUUCAAGCCUUCUCGGGGAAGAAAAAAUAGUUCCCGAUUGGUCGAAGAUUUCUAAUAUUGUGUAAUUCUGAUAUUAAAACAUCAUGAUUAUUUACAUUAGUAUUAAACAACAGGUUUACCGUGAACAAAAUAUCUCGAAAUUAAUAAAGAUUACAAACCCGAAUUAAGAAUAAUAUGGUUUUCUUCAGGCUGUUUUCUAAUUAGCCUAGCCAAUUUACUACAGUUAUAACACUGGAAGUAGCAUUGGGUGGCACUAUACAAAAGAACACCUUUCUGUUAUUCUGAGACCCAAACAAAUCCAGCGCCUUCUGUGCUUUGAUAUAUAUAUAU